CGCCACAACGUGCAAGCAAAGACGAGUCCUCGCCCUGAUUCAUGCCGAGUGGGCGCAAACGCAAUUCUUUCCGAUUUUUCCACUUCUGCUCGUUACCUUUUUUUAGAAAGGAGAAAAAUCCCCAUUUGAGUUUUGCUGUGUUUAUUUUACCGAGGAACAAAAACACCAAAUCAACAUGAAACGGCGAAUAAAGCGGCAGGAUCUCUGAGUGGGUCCCGGCAUCGUUUGGAAGCCGCCAUGUCAGGGAAGUCGGACGGGAAACAGAAGUGGGCGGCGGUCCGGGAUCGCCUGGGCUCCUCGCAGGACUCGGACACCCAGCUGGAGGCCAACCUGGAGAGCGCCGACCCGGAGCUGUGCAUCAGGCUGCUGCAGGUUCCCACCGUGGUCAACUACUCCGGGCUGAAGCGGCGCCUGGAGGGCAGCGACCAGACAUGGAUGGUCCAGUUCCUGGAGCUGAGCGGGCUGGACCUCCUCCUGGAGGCCCUGGACCGGCUUUCGGGGCGGGGAUGCUCGCGCAUCGCCGACGCCCUCCUGCAGCUCACCUGCGUCAACUGCGUCAGGGCAGUCAUGAACUCCUCCACGGGGAUCCACUUCAUCAUAGAGAACGAGGGAUACAUCCGCAAGCUCUCCCAAGCUUUGGACACUUCCAACACCAUGGUGAAGAAGCAGGUGUUUGAGCUCCUCGCCGCCCUCAGCGUGUUCUCCGCGGACGGACACCGGCUGGCCCUGGACGCCCUGGACCACUACAAGGGGGUGAAGACGCAGCAGUAUCGCUUCAGCGUGAUCAUGAACGAGCUGCAGGAAAGCGAUAACGUCCCUUACAUGGUCACGCUCCUCAGCGUCGUCAACGCCCUCAUCUUCGGGAGAGAUGACCUCCGGCAGAGAGAUAAGAUGAGGAGGCAGUUCAUUGGGCUCCAGUUACUCGAUAUUCUGCCAAAGUUAAGGGAGCAGGAAGAUGAAGACCUGAUUAUUCAAUGUGAGGCUUUUGAAGAGGCAAUGGCUGAAGAUGAGGAGGAGCUGCUGCGGGUCUACGGGGGCAUCGACAUGAGCGAUCACCUGGAGGUCUUCACUGCCCUAUUUAACAAGGUGAGCAGCUCUCCAGCCUCCCUCCAGCUGCUCUCCAUCCUGCAGACGUUGUUGGUGCUCGGGCCGGACCGCUCCGACAUCUGGCUGGCUCUGGAGGCCGUCACCAACCGAGCCAUACUGCUGGCCCAGGACUCUCAGAUGGAGUCCUGUGAGAAGAUAAUGCAGCGGCUGACGUUCUCCAAAAGCAAGUGCUGCGAGGGUCACCACGAAGUGGACGCGCAGCGCGCCAAAGCGAGUAAGGCGGUGCAGACGGAACCGCGUCAUCGGGAUGAAGAGAAGUCGGACGAACGCGUCGCAUCCACUCAGAGGCCACUGGGUGCCCUUCCUCCUCCUCCACCACCUCCUCCUCCUCUACCCGCUGGAAUGAAUGGGCUCCUGGUCCAACCUUCCACCCAGUGCCCACCUCCUCCUCCUCCUCCUCCUCCUCCACCGCCGCUUCCCGGAGGGUUCGGCGGACCACCACCACCUCCUCCGUUACCUGGAAUGCCGCUGCUCGGCAGUCCAGGCGUGGCUCCCCCACCUCCUCCGCCCCCCCUACCGGGGAUGGGCGGUGGGCCGCCGCCACCACCUCCCUUACCUGGCAUGCCACCUCCCCCUCCUCCUGCGCCAGGCAUGAUCCAGGCUCAAAGCAGCCAGGCUCUCGGGGGCGCCGCACCCUCAAAGUCCCACCGAUGUCCCACCCUGAGGAUGAAAAAGCUCAACUGGCAGAAACUCCGCACGGUUACCGAUGGUCACUCCAUGUGGGCCUCGGUUCAGAAAGAGCCGCCUCCCCCGGAGCCGGACUACAGCAGCAUCGAGCAGCUGUUCUGUCUCCCGGUGACCGAGCACAAAGACAAGGGGGCAGCUGCUCCUGUCAAGAAGGAGUCCAAAGAGAUAACAUUCAUUGAUCCAAAGAAAAACUUGAAUUUGAACAUAUUCCUGAAGCAGUUCAAAUGCAAAAACGAGGACUUUGCAGCCAUGAUUCAGAGCGGAGACCGUACUAAGUUCGACGUAGAGGUGCUGAAGCAGCUCAUUAAGCUGCUGCCAGAAAAGCAUGAGAUUGAAAACCUGAAGUCCUUUCAAGGCGAGAAAGACAAGUUGGCAAAUGUUGAUCGCUUCUACACCUCUCUUCUUAGCGUGCCAUGUUAUCAGUUGAGGAUUGACUGCAUGUUGCUGUGUGAGGAGACGUCAUCGGUGUUGGGUAUGCUCAAGCCCAAAAUCAAGCUGGUCGAGGAGGCCUGCCAGUCUCUCAGGACGAGUACGCUCAUGCCAGUUUUCUGCCGGCUCAUCCUCGACGUCGGGAAUUUUCUCAAUUACGGGAGCCACACGGGCAACGCCGAGGGGUUCAGGAUCAGCUCUCUGCUCAAGCUGACGGAGACCAAGGGCAACAAGAACCGCAUCACACUUCUUCAUCACCUCCUGGAGGAAGCCGAGGUGAACCACCCGGAGCUGUUGUCACUGCCAGAUGAAAUAGAGAUCUGUGAAAAAGCAGCAGGAGUCAACAUGGACUCUAUUCAGGCAGAAGCCGGCGCCUUACUGAAACGACUGAACGAGGCGGUCAAGAAGGUCUCCAACUCUGUCGACGACGUGAAGGAGCAAUAUGAAAAUGUGCUCCAGGAGAGUCUGGAGGCCUUUCAGGUUCUAAGCGAAAGGCUCGCCGCCGUUGAGAUGCAGAAGGGUGAGCUGGCUGUCUACUUGUGUGAAGAUGCCAAUCAGCUGUCGCUCGAGGAGCUCUUCGGAACCAUCAGGACUUUCCGAGGACUUUUCAUCAAGGCACAGAAGGAAAACAAAACCAGAAAAGAGCUGGCCGCCAAGGCUGAGAAGCGAAAGAGGCAGCUGGCAGAGGAGGAGUCCAAGAGACAGAAGGGAGAGAAUGGAAAAAUCAUCAAGAAGGGCUUUGUGCCACAGAACGACGACUGUAUCAUCGACCACCUGUUGGCGGAUAUCAGGAAAGGUUUCAGCCUCAGGAAGACCAGGCCAAGGUGCGAUUCGGAAAGCCUCCCUUCUAGUGAAAAGCGUAGGGAUACCUGCCCAUCUGGAUCAGGUGCGAAGCCUGUAAACGAAAAUUGCGCCGAAGUGGCCGCCGUGUCCUCUCCCAGCAAAUCUCAGCCAGAGGGUCACCGGCCCAGCGCAGGAGAACCGAACGGCCUCAUCAGCGCGUCAGAAGAGACUCGCCCGGCGACGCCGGAGAGUGCGACGCAAGCCGUUCCUGCUGUACCUCCCAAGGGACUCCCCGGAAAACCAGCCACAGCAGCACAGGAACCCCCGAAGGAACCUGCAUCGCCGCAGGAGGGGCAACUGCCGCCGACGCCUGCAGUGUCGCCACCACCUCGGCUCGAAGCGCCGCGUCCCCCCUGCCUCCCUACAAAUGGGUGUUCGUGGGAUUCAACUGAGACGAGCGUCCUCAGCCCGUCUCCCCGCUCAGACUCCCCCCGCCUAGAGGAUGCUUUAGAUGGCACUUCCAGCCUGGUAUCGGAGACGCUGACGCCCGAGGAGUCGGCGGACAUUGGUGUUAAUGUUCAGGUGCAGGAAAGUCCUUUACCCAAUACAGACAGCGUGAAGCACGGCGGCGGCGGCACCAUCGUGGGAGAUGGGAAAGGCGAUGAGAGUCACAAAGAGAGCCAUUCAGGGGAGACCGUCAAACAAGACAAGGGUCCAGACGAGCAGAAGUGCAUUGUUGUUAAGUCAUCCGCGACCACACUGGACGAGGGCAUCAAGGGGUGCGACGUCCCGGACGGACUGGAAUCGGAUGAUUUUCCAUCCGUGUCUGAAGCCGAGCCUCUGUCCCUUAACGCCAAACCAAAGAGACAGAGGAGCAUCUUUAAAGGAAACAAAAAGAAGAGUAAUCAAGCACAAGGUAACAGUGGGAAAGGACUCACUAAACAUAAAAGCUGUGUUUUGCAAUGAGGUGACGCCAGAAAAAGGAAUUUGAGAGGAAAAAGAAAAUGUUAAUUUCACAUGGUUGUGAAAUGGAAGUCUACAGUUUUAUGUAAAAGCCCACAUGAACAUUGACUCCUUCAAGAGGAUGCAGAAGUCUUUCUUUUGCAAUGAUUUGUCCGAGAAGAGUAAACGCAUCUACGGCUGUAUGGAUGUCAAAAUGUCACUUUAUGUAAAUGAAUCGUUUGUCGUUUGAAUUCAGAAUUUAAAUAUGCUUUAUAUGUUUUGUAUAGCUCUUAUAAGCAGUGAAUGUGUUUUUUGCUAUGCUGCGUUUCCCUUUCAGCGCCAACAGAAAGAAGAUGCGUUGUGUUGGUGCAUGAUAUCUAAUUAACUCAUCAAAACCAAACCGAUGUUUAUUUCUACACACAUUACCCAGAUGAUCUCCAACAAGGAAAAAUAAUUUAAAAAAAACAAAAAAACAAAUUGAUUGUAACCCUUUUAAUGUUAAAAAUAUUUUAAAUAAAGUGAAUCUAGUGUUCA